CUGCGCGAGGUUGGCGGUGAGGAAGAUGGCGGCGCCCGUGGCCGUCUGUCACGUCGCCUGCUGCGCCAACCGGGUGGGCGGCGGGGCCGUGUCCUGGGGACGGGGAGGGCUCCUCGCCUUCGGCAGCUGCCACGAUGUCGUCCUCUACCACCCGGAGAAGAGGCGGGUGGUCGGCGCCCUCCGCGGUCACGUCGGCAGGGUGAACUGCGUGAGCUGGGUCCGCCGGCGAGGAGGAGCUUCUGAAACAGAGUUAAUUUCUGGUGGAUCUGAUAAACAACUCAUUCUUUGGGAAUGGAAUGAAAAAGAAACGUGGAAUCAUCAGCUUGUGAAAAGCAUUCCUCUCAAAGGCCAUGCUGAAGCUGUUUGUGCUGUGGAUGCUGUCUACCUGUCAGAAGAACCUGAUUUAAAUCUGCUCAUAGCUUCUGCAGCCUCUGACUCUGCUGUGAGAAUCUGGUCUCGCCAUGGUUCAGAAGCUAAAUGCAUUGAAAUUCUGAAGUUUGGAGAUGGAUUUGUUAUGGAUGUCUCCUUAUCCUUCUUGCCUGGCAGCAAUGUACCAAUAUUGGCUUGUGGAGGUGAUGAUUGCAAAAUAUAUUUGUUUAUGCAGCAGAAUGGCCAGUUUCAGAAAACAUUGAUACUCCCUGGCCAUGAAGAUUGGAUAAGAGGCGUUGAAUGGGCAGUCUGUGGUGAAGACCUUUUUUUAGCAAGCUGUGCUCAGGAUUGUUUGAUAAGAAUUUGGAAAGUGUGUACAAAAUCAAAGCAACUUCCAGAAAUUGAAGAUGAUUCUAUAAGACUAAAAGAGAAUGUUUUUACUGUAAAAGAUACUGAUACAACAUAUGCAAUUACUUUGGAGUCUGUGUUGGCUGGUCAUGAAAACUGGGUAUAUGCAGUACACUGGCAACCUUCAUUUUCCAAAGAUGGCAGCAUGCAACAACCAAUGAGGAUAUUGUCUGCAUCAAUGGACAAAACUGUGAUCAUCUGGGAACCUGAUAAGGAAUCUGGAGUCUGGCUAGAACAGGUGCGAGUAGGUGAAGUGGGUGGCAAUACCCUUGGAUUUUUUGACUGCCAUUUUAGUCCAGAUGGUUCAAUGAUUGUUGCUCAUGCUUUUCAUGGAGCGCUCCACCUUUGGAAACAGGCUACAGUUAGUAAGAAAGAAUGGACUCCAGAAGUUGUUAUUUCAGGACAUUUUAACAGUGUAGAAGAUGUUAAAUGGGACCCAGAGGGAGAGUUUAUCAUCAGUGUUGGUUCUGAUCAAACUACUAGACUCUUUGCUCCAUGGAAAAGAAAACAAGAGACAGAGGUGACCUGGCAUGAAAUUGCAAGGCCUCAAGUCCAUGGCUAUGACAUGCGGUGUUUGGCAAUGGUUGGGCGGUUUCAGUUUGUGUCAGGAGCAGAUGAAAAAGUGCUUCGAGUCUUUCGUGCUCCCAAAAAUUUUAUAGAAAAUUUCAGUAACAUCACUGGUAUUCCAGUGGAGAAGCUGUGCUCCCAUCAGUCAUCUGAUAUUCCGGAAGGUGCAACUGUGCCAGCUUUGGGAUUAUCCAAUAAAGCUGUUUUUGAAGGAGAUACGACCCUUCAGCCAGCUGAGGAUGAAGAAACAUUUAAUACCAUUUCAAACCAGUAUCCUGAGAUUUAUUUUCAACCCUUGAUCCUUACAGAACCUCCCCCAGAGGAUCACUUGCUGCAGAAUACUUUGUGGCCUGAAAUUCAGAAGUUAUAUGGACAUGGAUAUGAAAUUUUUUGUGUUGCUUGCAAUAAUUCAAACACUGUGAUUGCUUCAGCAUGUAAGGCUUCCAAAAAAGAACAUGCAGCAAUUAUUCUGUGGAGCACUACUUCUUGGAAAAAGCUGCAGAGUCUGACAUUUCACAAUUUGACUGUUACUCAGCUGGUAUUUUCUCCUAAUGACAAAUUUUUAUUAGCGGUUUCUAGAGACAGAAAUUGGUCACUUUGGAGGAAGCAAGACUCAUCAGAGUUAGCACCAGUUUUCAGUUGCUGUGCAUACACAGACAAAACUACAGCUGUUCACAGUCGGAUUAUUUGGUCUUGUGAUUGGACACCGGAUAGCAAGUAUUUUAUUACUAGCAGUCGGGACAAAAAGGUCAUUAUCUGGGGCCAGUGCAAUUUAUCUCUGACUACUGAAGGGAAUAUGUUGGAUUCAAUCAAGCCUUGUUCAGCAGUACUGGAUGCUGGAGAUUCUGUUACUGCUGUUAGUAUCAGCCGUGUACUUACACCUGAUGGAAGGUAUAUUGUUGCAGUAGGCUUAGAAAAUGGGAAGAUUAUCUUGUACACAUGGAAGCAGAGUGGGGAAGUGCCAGCACUCGCUGACUGGACCAUGGUUGUUGAGAUAGAUAACAGCCAAAGUCAUGCUCUUGCUGUGAAACGCUUGUGUUGGAGAUGUCAUGCGGGCAGAGCUGGACAGAAUGAUCAGGACAGUAGUGAGUGGCUGCAGCUUGCAAGUUGUGGAGCUGAUCACUGUGUUAAGAUAUUCAAUGUCAACAGAUUUGCUCUUUAGCAGAGGCAGCAGGCUUGCUUUUAGACAUUUUGAUUGUCGAAUUUUCUGUGUUCUGCUGUGGAAUACAAAGUGUCUGACAUGUAAUUUAUUAAAGCAACUUUUGUGGUACCUUAAAAUGUCAAACAUUUUUGUAAUUCUGCAGUUCCAGGAAUAUAAAGUAUUUUAUAUGUAUUGGUUGGUGUAUAUCAUGGAACUAAGGGAUGGGAGGUGGAGUGGGUCACAAGAGGAUAGUGAAACAGCCUUGUUCACUGCAUCUUCAAGGGUAGGUGGGAAGCUGCCAGGCCUUGGGUUCUUCUGUGCUUGGGAUUGCGAGUGGAGUCCUGAAUUGUUUGGAAGUCCUUAUUCUGUUUAAACUCACCUGUAAGUUGACCUGCCAGUGCUGACACUGUGUUUAAGCACAUGCAGUUAAACAGAGAUCAGAGCUGUAUAGGCAGCUUUCUCUGAUUGCCUUCUGAAUGUAUCUUGCAGCCCUGAUCCAUGGGUUAGACCCCCUUCAUCUAGAAGAGGUUGUUGGCAUCUCCGUGCUUGGGAGGGCCUGCUUGUUUGUUUUUCCUGGCUAUAUUCCUCUUUCUUUUGCUGUGCAGAGUGAUGGGCUCGUGCUCCUUGGUCAUGGGGGGCUUGAAGCCUAACUCACAGACCACCUGAAUUUUCUGGUUUCUCCUCUGCGUGCCUCUGAGACCUCUCUGAGCAGAGUGCUACAGAAGAGCAACCUCUUUCUCUGUUGGAGGGCUCUCCCUCAAACAGUUUGUGUUGGAAAAGCUUACAGAUAGCAGCAGGAAGGAGCUGAAGGGUGUCAGCCAUUCCUUAUACUGCCUUUGGACUCUUCCUGGCUUUUGAGUGCUCCUUACCUGCUCUGCUGAGAAGCUGAACAGGUUCAUUCUUAUUUGUCUGAUUGUCUUGUUUUGCUACCCAAACUGGUAGUGCAGAAAUAACUGGAAUUGUGCUCAACUUUUUACAGUCUCACAUCUUUAGAUAAAGAAUAAAGUUCAUUCUCAGUCAGAUGAAUUCUUUUCAGAAUAACUAAUUUUUUGGAAGUUUUUUAUAUUUUAACUUUUUCUUUUGUAUUAUUCUGGUUUUCAGCAAUUAUAAAAAAAAUUGUUCUUUAAAGAUGGUAGGGAAAUGAAACCCUGACUUCUUAAUAAAGAUGUUUUGCUAUGUUUUGGUUGUGCUUUCCUUACAUUUAUUAAUUUUUAAAAUAUAAUGUAAUAUAAAAUGUAAUUAAUAAAAUAAAUUUACAUUUAUUAAAGCAUUACAAAAGCU